AAUCGAGGCUAGGGUAAAUAUUAAAAAAAGUCGGAAUAUCCAAGAAAUGCAUCUAAAUACCACGAUACAUUGAACAAUAUCGUUCCAACUGUUGUUUUUCAUUAAGAUAUAAAACAAGAGAAAGUGAUAUACUACAUUACAUUCGAUAUACGCUGAAUGUUAUUCUCAACAUGGAACACUUUAACGUUCCAUGGCAGCAAACAUAACUGUGGCUAAUCCAACAUCUCCCGAUCUCUUCACUAAGUUUUUCAUAGGACGUGUUCGUAGAGCAGAGUCAAAAGCUGUGCGUAAACAUGAAAAACGUAAGACAAUUUCAGAGAAUUCCACCACAACAAACGUUAAUUUAUUUCCUUUUGGGAGGGAUGCAGUGACUGAACAGUCAACUACAAAUUCUGAACAGAACACUGGUAUGAGUGGAAAUAGAUCAUCUGCAUUUGGUAUGGCGCAUCGGAAUAAUGCAGACACGGGACAUUCUAACAAUGGACCCCCAAGUGUAUUUCAACCCAAACAAUGCCCACCUGCAAAAGUUUUCAUGCGGCACAUGACGAUUCUUAUGAAAAUGUUAGGUAGUUUAUUUGCCGUGAUUGCCAUCGCAACACCUCAUUGGAGAGUGGAUAUCCAUAAAAUCAAUUCAAACAACACUGAAGUUACACGACAAUAUGGUGUGUGGAAGUGGACAUUCUGUCAUAAACAAUUAAACGUCAGUGGAGGCCCAGAGGUUUGUUCUGACAUGGGAUAUGAGUGGGAUGCUCCUGAAGAACAAUAUUUCAAAAAUUGGACGACAGCUGUUAAAGUGUUUACGACGGUUGCGAUGAUUGGUUUCCUCAUUGCGAUGAUCGUUGGGCUGCUCACUCUCUGCAUUAAGGAUAAAUUUGUGGCUAUUUUCUGGUCUACAAUUGCCUGGUUUGCUGGAGGUAAUUUUAUGUUUCUUGGUACUCUGAUAUUUGCUUAUCGAAUCUACGAUGCUACCAAGAGUACAAGUACAAACACAGGUUACUACGGAUACUCACUUGCCAUGGCAACAGUUUCAAUCAUCUUGGCUCUGAUUGGAGCAAUUAUUGGACUUAUCGAGAUACAGGUCCAUUUUUUUCGAGAACGGGAAAAGGUUAUGAAAGGAAGGCUAGCUGACGCAUAUGCAGGAAGUUCCGGUGAUAGAUGAUUUGUGAUUGGUCGAGAUGUCCAAUGCAUUAUGGGUAGUUCAGAUUAGAAUUGUAAAUAAAAUACUGUUAUAGUUGAUGAUAGCUAGUCAUAAUUUUAAAAUGGCAUUAUUCUAAUUACAUGUACAGUGUUUGAUGUAUGUAAAAUUGAGAAGUGAUUCAAAAGAAGUCAAAAUGAAAAUUUAUUCAUUUAAUUACAAUUAAUAUAUGUAGAUUUGCAUCACGCCUUUGUCAUUGGUCCACAUCAAGAUCAUAUUAACUGGAGUUAGAAUCAUCCAAGAUGGUGGACAAUAUUUGUUUGAUAAACCUUUGACUUGAACUAAACCAAGCAAAAUCUAGAUUCCAAAUCCUUUGUCAUGUACACUUUAAUUGUUCCGAUUAUAAACAAGUAUUCGAAGAAAUGUAAAAAAAUCUUUGAAAUAGGAGGAUUUAAAGAAUUUGGACUGGUUGCAGCUUGUGUAAGAUCAGUUUUGAAGCAAGAAUAUAAUUAUUAACAUUACAUUAUACUCGUAUAACAUAACUAUCUUUGCUCCUAUAGCUGUAUAUAAUCACUUUUGAUGCUUGGAAAGGUGUUCCAGAAACACUUGGAAUACCUUUUGGGGAUUCAUUAGAAUUACUCACAGGCAAAAUAAAUGAAAACAACAGGCAA